UAAUUGUGGGUAAAUCGUUUGGGAGCCAUAUGAUGGGAAGUGAAAAUAUCAACAAAACCAUCAUAAGUUAUAAAGCUGUAUCUCAUGUGCGAUAUAGUAGUACAGUGACUGUGCUCGAAAAAAAUGCCAAAAAAUUAAUUUGUGACUCUAAACUGCGUUACAAGUGUAGUGAAAUUUAGAAAAACGUUAAUAACGGGGCUAUCAUGGAAACGGAAGAUGACCGGUAUUCCUAUUGUUCAAGAAACAACCUGAAAACCACGAAUGGUAGUUUGGGGGAGACGGGCAUACUAACCAUCAUUGAUUAUCUGAAGGACGCUAUGAAGGCCAUGGAUUUGAUGAGGAGCCACCAGAUGUUGACUGACGUAGUAUUAGAAGUGGGAAAAGACGUGUUUUACGCCCAUAAAGUGGUCCUGGCAGCAGCCAGUCCGUAUUUCAAGGCCAUGUUUACCGGAGGACUGAAAGAAUGUGAUAUGAAUAGAGUUAAGUUACAGGGGGUGUCGCCGACGGCAUUAGCUAGGCUCAUCAAUUUCAUGUAUACCGGCAGGAUAAGAGUUACGGAAAAUAAUGUUUGCCAACUAUUGCCAGCAGCUACCAUGCUCCAGGUUUGCAACGUCAUCCAGGCUUGCUGCGACUUUCUAGAGCACCAGCUGGAUCCGAGCAACGCGAUAGGUAUUGCGACUUUUGCAGAACAGCACGGUUGCAUCGACCUAUGCAAGAAGGCAAACCAGUACAUUGAACGAUAUUUCAGUCAGAUAUGCCAAGAGGAGGAAUUCUUACAACUGAAUUCGUAUCAGUUGGUAAGUUUGAUAAUGAAGGACGAGUUGAACGUCCAAGACGAGAAAGAGGUGUACAAUGCUGUACUCAAGUGGGUGCGUUACGACGAAGAAUCGCGACAAGCAAAAAUGGAGGGUAUUUUGUCUGGGGUGCGAUGCCAGUUUCUUCCGCCUCGAUUCCUCAACGAGCAAAUGAAGACUUGUGACGUCAUUAAGAAAGCGCCGGCCUGCAAGGAGUAUUUAGCUAGGAUUUUUAAGGAUUUGACUUUACACAUAAAAACCGUCGUUAAAGAACGAUGUCCGAACAUUCCACGUGUCAUAUACAUUGCCGGAGGUUACUACAAACAGUCCCUGGACGUACUAGAAGGUUACAACGUUGACGAGAAAAUGUGGUACACUCUGGACCGACUCACGGUGCCUAGAUCCGGACUUGGAGGUGCUUUUUUAAAUGGAUAUUUUUAUGCCGUCGGAGGAAGGAACAACAGUCCCGGCAACAGUUAUGAUUCGGAUUGGGUGGAUAAAUAUAAUCCUAUCAAAGACCAUUGGAGGCCCUGUAAUCCAAUGUCUGUGCCACGAAAUAGAGUGGGAGUGGCUGUUCUAGAUGGACUUCUGUAUGCUGUGGGUGGUAGUGAAGGAUCCAGGUACCACAGCAGUGUGGAAUUUUAUGAUCCGGAACUGGACCUUUGGACUAUGAUAAAACCAAUGCACUUCAAAAGGCUCGCUGUAGGCGUGGCGGUUGUGAACAGGCUGCUGUAUGCUGUGGGAGGCUAUGAUGGUGUCGAUAGACUUAAUACCGGGGAGUGUUAUCAUCCCGAAAAUAAUGAGUGGACCAUGAUAGCCCCAAUGAAGAUAGCGAGGAGUGGAGCAGGAGUGGCAGCCAUCAACCAAUUCAUUUAUGUGAUUGGGGGUUAUGAUGGUAAGAAGCAGUUGAAUUGUGUGGAGAGAUACGACACAGAAAAGGAUCGCUGGGAGUUUGUGAAAUCCAUGAGAAUAUGUAGAAGUGCUCUCAGUGUGACUGUACUGGAUUGUAGAAUAUAUGCAAUGGGAGGCUAUGACGGCAUGAAUUUCCUGACCGACGUCGAAAUAUACUGUCCAGUCACCGACACAUGGAUGGAUGGAGUUCCAUUAACAUCCGGAAGAUCUGGUCACGCAAGUGCGGUUUGUUACCAGGCUUCGAGCUCUGAAAAAACCUGCGCCAUUCUAGGCCAACCAACUCCCGAUUGUUCAACAUCGAGAAGACCGCAAUUCGAUAACUCGAUACAGAAAAAAAAGUUUCCCGAUUGAGGGAACGUCGGUCGUAGCAGUUUCGAAUUGAUAAUAUCACUUCAUCUGUCGCUCCGUAAAUCACUCCAGUACUUGUUGUUUCAAAUUUGAUGGGCUGCAUGAGUAUUAUCGUUUUUUAUAAAUUUUAUUUAUUUACUAUGAGAGAAAGAUGUGUAAAUGGACUGGCGGCGAUAGAUUUCUAAACAAUCCAAUGUUUGAGCACCGUCAAACAAAAAAGGAUAUUUUGACAGCGGCAAAAGGCAAUAGGAUUCUAGACAUCUCAGAGAAUUUGCACAAAGUCUUUGAACCUCUAGAACUCCAUCAGUUUUUUUAAAUACUCAAAAAAUUUGGAGUCCAUUCAUCACGUCUGAUUUAUUCCCAAGGAAUAUUAUAAAGAUGUGUAUUGAGCAUGGUUAUGAAAUACCAAUGAGAAACAGAUAGAAAUACCUGGCGAACGCAUAGACAUUCAUUGGAUAUCCAAUAAAAGUCCAUUCUGCCAAUGUACGAUGAACGUUCAAUUUGUAUACGAAGGAUAUCUUAUAGAAAUCUGGAUUAUACCAACGUGUACGUCCAUAAGUUAUCCAGCAAGGAUUACUUUUCUACUACCCCUAACAUUUUUUUCCAUUUCACUUCGACUUACUCUUUAACUCUGCCUUCUAGGCUGGUGAAGCAUGUAGAGGUUGUUUUUAAUCUAACCCACCAUCGGGAUUAGAUGAGAAUGGUAUUUUUACAAUCUAGUUGGGUAGUAUUUAUUUAUUCAUCGACUCAGAUUUUCUGUACCAUUCAACAGGUAUAAACAUAUUUAUUUCGACAGUUAUUAUUUCUGCUCUGAAAAUUAAAUGACCUUGAUUACAAAGCGGCUUUCAAGGCAAAUAACUGCUAUACAGAGUGUUACAGUAAAUAGCUGGAUUAGAAAAUAUCACCAUGAGCAGAAUAAACAAAUUUACCCUAUAAGUUGGUACUAGCGACCCGCCCUGGCUCCGUACAGGUGCAAUGCUGAUACUGAAUAUACAUAUAAACGCGUGCGAUCGCUGCUAAUCAUGAAACUAUUUAUAGUGGUUGCGGCGGUACCGGCCGGGGGCAUUUUAAAUCUGUAAUAUCUUCAAAAAUAUUCAUUUAAAUUACAUACUGUAAAGUCGCUUUGUAAAUAAGUCAUUAAUUAAAAAUGCUUAUUGUGGGUUAUCCCAAAUAGAUUGACAUAUACCAUCGUGGACAUUUUUGUAGAAUUUUAAGGUGUACAAUACUGUAGUACACUAUUCUGAUCUACCUCGUAGGGUUCAGUCAGUGUUUGCAAUGUAAGCGCAAAAAAUGUGUCUAUUAUUUACGACCUAACAUCAGAAACCUCUUAAAUUAUCAGUGUUUCUGUACUAUAUUGUCUAGUGAAAAAACCCUCAUCAAAAUCCGUUGCGUACUUUCAAAUAUCUAAACAUCCAUAGGGACAGACACCGGGAAGUUACAACUAUAUAAUCGACAUAUUUGAAUAACAGUAUCAAAUAAAUACUGAAAAAAAUGAAAGGUUUUCUUCACAUUUGGUGGGUGUAAAUGAAGGUUCAUUUAUACAAAGUUUUAUUGUACAUUUCAAUCUUGUCACGUGAAUUCAGGUGGUUUCAGUGGCUUUUCAAAUACAUUCUAAUAUUCUAAUCGAAACAAACUUGUUUCGAUGUAGUACCUCUGGUCAGUGCAGGACAGAUCCGAAGCAAACAGCAGUGUGCUUGGAACUCGAUUAAUUUCAACGCGGCUCGACUGCAUGUAUGAAAACUUCGUCUAAGAUAAAGAUUGUUAACUAGUAACAAGAGCUCUAUCUCGUGAACGUAGUCCAAGUGGGGAAGAAACAUUCCAUGUACCAAUACUCUUGACAGAAAUCAAAAGAAGACUGUACCGAGGAGAAAUACAUCUUUUCUGCACUGAUGAGAGGUAAUACCUUGAAACCGGUCUAUAGAUGAUCUACUCAAUUGAUUUCAGCAUGGUCCUACUGCAGGAUGUAUGAGAAACAUCCGUAAGACUAACUUCUGUGGGGAAUCUUGCAUAAAUGUCUGUUGGAUAUAAUUCGAUGUCUAUCGUGGUAUUAGCCGGGGAAGUAGUUGUUUUCCUGCAGGCAAUUACCAUAACCUACAGUGUAGUUAGUUGGGAGAGAUGAAUAUUAUGAGAUUUCAUUUCAAAAUAUUUAUUUUAUAUGUAGUCUUCAGACUAGUUUUGAUUUCUGUUAGUAAUAUACCAAUUGUACAACUGGAUUUAUGCAACAGAUAUUGGCUCAGUCAGAAAUUGUUUAUUGCAGAGACAAGUUGCCAGAGUUGUAGUUGGUCAACUAACAAGAUAAGGGGUGUAGCAUUGAAUUAAAUGAAAUCAUACUUAACUGAUCGAUCCCAGAGUGUAAUCAUCAACACAACUCAGAGCCAAUCUGUCAUUGUUAAGCAGGGAGUUCCCCAAGGCUCAAUUCUUGGACCUUUGUUAUUUUUAAUCUAUGCUAAUGAUCUCAUUAAUUUCCUCCUUGACAUCUCUAAAGUCCAAGUAAUAUCAUAUGCUGAUGAUACAAAUCUACUCAUAACUGGUAAAGAUACUACUGAACUUGUGAUAACAUCAGAAAUGGUAUACAAUAAAGUAAUGGAGUGGUCCGAAUUAAAUCGUCUAACGGUAAAUGUAUCUAAAACCUCCUUGAUGAAAUUUACUUUCAGGGGAACUAUGAAACAGUUUCAAAUUUUUGAAGACAAUGACAUGAAUGUAUAUGCUAGUGAAAUGACUAAGUUGCUUGGACUAACAAUCGACCACACGUCGAUAUACUUUGUAAAAAGUUAAGCAAAAAUUGUUAUGCGUUAAAGUUCUUAUCAAAUCAUUGUCACGAAAACAUACUAUUAAUCGUUUAGUAUGCAAACAUCAACUGUCAGCUGCGAUAUGGUAUUCUUAACUGGAGUACUUGUACCUCUUGGUUACGUGUUUUCGCUCUGCAAAAAUUUGCUGCGAGAAUUGUUGCAGGACUAAAUUGGAGGCAGUCAUGUAGAGAGGCUUUUAAGCGACUAAAGAUCUUGACUUUGACAGGCUUGUAUCUGUAUGAGCUGUGUAUAUAUGUAUACAAACAUAAAGAUAAAUUCUUCAAUAGAACAGAUCAUCAAUAUGACACUAGAUCCAGAAAUCUUCUUGUGCUUGCUGUGCAUAGAACUAACCUAUACCAAAAAAGUCACUCAUAUUUGGGGUGCAAAGUUUUUAAUCACCUCGAUGUCUCUAUCCAAACAUCUCCAAAUAUUAAUAUUUUUAAAUCCAGACCUAAAGCAUUUCUUAUUGAGAAGAACUGUUACAGUAUUAGUGAAUUUAUGACAUAAUACUAUAUUUUAUGAAGAUGUAUUCUUGUUGACAAUUCAAAUGUUAUAUUUGUGCUGUUGUUUUUCAACUGACAGUUGUCAUUCAUACUAUGAUACUAUGACUUGUGUCUUUUUUAAUUAAGUCGGUAGGUUCUAUAAAUUUUUUAUAUUUCUAUAUAAUUAUAUAUUUUACUUCUUUUAUAUUAAUAACUUAUGACUGUGUUCAUAUCAUUUGAAUUCAUUUCUAUAUUAAUUAUGACGUUUUUGUCAGUUACUGCUGGAAUGUAUUCAUACAUUUAUACAUUUAUGCUUUUUAACUGAAAAAUAAAGAUUUAUUAUUAUUAUUAUUUAUUAAAAGAUACUUGGGACUUAGGGCUUCAAACUGUCUCAUAUAUUCUCCUUUAGUUUGAUCCUCAGUGGCUCAAGAAGUGUAUCUGUAAUAUCUGCUCACUUGAAGUAAUUUCAGUUCAGAAUAGUUGAAUUUUGAUGUGAAAUUCAUGAUAUUUUAAUUUUUGGUAAUUGAAAUCUAUUCUAAAAAUUUCCACAUUUUGUACUUGGAAAUCUGAGAAUAAACGGUUUCUGAAGUGAUUAUGAAAAGACUCCAAAAAGAUGUUCAGGGGUAGAAUCUUUGUAUGUAGAAUAACUUUCCUUCCAAAUGAUAACCUAGAAACCAAUAUUAGAAUACGCUUAUUUCAAAAAUUGCAGAAUCUCCAAAAGAUCUGUUCAUCUGAACUGUCGGAAAGAUAAAGGCUCUCUGAUCCUAUCUGCCAUUGCAUCAAUCCUCUAGAGGUGAUACUAUUUUUAGAAUUGCCGAAAUGCUGCAAAUUUGUUUUCUCGUCUUCAAAUGAGUAUAAAUUUGCUUUUGAUUUUUGUUCGUUUGUUUGGGAUUCCCCUCUUUCAAGCUUGUCCAAAUAUCCUUUUCAUUAUGAGGUAUUUAUAACUAAUGUAGAAAAUGUGAUAAUGAAAAUAAAAAUUCUCGUAAGUUGAGGAUAGUUGUAUAUUUUGUAAAUUGUAAUUAAUAAAUUUGACCAUCAAACUAUUUUUUUAUGUAUAUAAAGUAGAUUUAAGUUCAUUAAUGAUUAUUUUGUAUGUAUUAUAACAGUAACCGAUAAUAAUUAUCAGUAUUGUUUUAAUUAAAUACAAACAUUCCCAGCA